AUGUUUCCACCUGACGGGGCAGACCCGUUCUUUCCGUCCUUUCUCCCGUCUGCCGUCUCGGCCGGCGUCGCCCAGUUCGAUCUGUCUCCUUUCGGCGCCCCUCCUCCCCCUGAGACACACGGCAGUGCUCUCUCUUUUUCGUACGCUUCUAACUCUUCUAGCGCUUCUGUUCGUCUCCCUGCCUCAUCGUCUUCGCCGCUCUCGGGCACUCGCCCCGUCCAUACCUACACGGGUUGUGUCCCGUUGGGAAACCUCCGCGUGGUGAACUGCCGCCACGGGGAGCCUGAAGCGCUGCAAAAAGAACCUCAAGAAAGUGGCUCUGCUAACGUCGCCCCUUCCCCCUCCUCCUCUUCUCCCCCUUCCUCCUCUUCUCCCCCUUACUCCUCUUCUCCCCCUCCCUCCUCUUCUCCCCCUUCUUCCUCGCUUCCUUGGAGCUUCUCCGAGUUCUUCCGCGGCGGUCGCUCGCGGCGCAUCUUGCCGUGCACGCUGACCGACAGAGACGCGACUCUGAACGCAGUUGUGAGUUCCGGAGGCGGCCUCGCUCUGACGCAGUUCGAUCUGCAGCUACGUCACCUUGUCACUGGAGAGCGCCCGCCCGCGCCAUGGCUCGACUACUGCAUGCGCCGGGGCAGGAAAACUGCCGAGAGUUCGAGGAAAGAGGAGACGCCAGGCGCGAAGGAGACGGGACAAGACGGAGAAGAGGGCGCGGAGUCGAGAGAAGGAGAUGACUUCGUCAGGAACUUUCUCGCCGUCGACGCAGAGCCCCGCGACUUGCCGUCUUGUCCCGUGCUUUCGGCAGCUCAGGUCGCCGGCCUGUCCCUUUUGUUGGCGGGGGCGAGGGCGACGGUCGGGGUUUGCGAAGGCGGUCGCUUCUCGUGGGAAGUAAAGAUUCUGGCCUUGGAACGCGAGACGCAACCCCUCGCGUUUCCGCCGUGUGAGGACGGGAAGGAAGGCGUCGACGACGCGCGAGAGGCGCAAGCCGCCGAUCGCCGCGGCGCUUCUCAGCCCGAAGAACUCGCGACUGGAGUCACAGGUCCCGACGACUCGCGGGCCGACGGAGAAGACGAAGGGAAAAUCUGUCAACCGCCGGCCGGCGACACAUCCUCUUCCUUCACUUUUUCCUCUUCCUCCUCUUCAUCGUGCGCCUCCUCGUCUUUGGUCAACGCAGGAAACGGAGGCGCGAGCUUUUCGGGUUUCCUAAAGAAGAGUGCGGCCGCUGUGUCUCCGCUGUCGCUGCGUUCGGGGCUUGUCCGCGUGGGCGUAUGCACGGCAGGCGACAGUCUCUUCCUCGGAGACAGCGCCACGAGUCUCGGCAUCGACUCCGAAGGUGGAUGCUUCGCUGCGGGCCGACUCGUGUGUCUGCAGAGAGAGAAGAGAGACGCGAGCUCUUCCCUCUCGUCCCUCGCCGCGUCCUCGAACUCGCAGAUCCACCCGGCGAGCGUUUCGACGGCCAGCGACUUCGCCUCUGGGGGCGUGCACAGUCAGCGAGAAGGCCCCGCCAGCGUAUCGCCCUCCGAGGCGAUCUGCCCGGUCCCAGACGGCGAACUCCCGAGCGAGGAGCGCGCGUGGGAAUUCCAAGAAGGAGACGUCAUCACGGUCGUGCUCAACAUGCGGAAGGAAAUCUCCGAAAACGGGCGAUGUGCAGUCUGUGGCGGAGAGAUCCCAAAGGAGACCGAGACGGGAGAGAAAGGGAAGACAGAGGAGGCUGGGGGGGGUUCGGUUUCCCUUCCGUCUGUGUGGGACGAUGAAGAGAACACAGGGAAGCGAGAAGAGGGAAGGCGAAAGAGAAGAAGGCGACGGUGCGCUGUCGGGCCUGGCGCGCAGCCGGCCGUAGAGACAGGGAGAGCCUGCGAAGGAGUCCGAGAAAAAGGUCGAGGACUCGAGGGGCGGUCGGGGUCGCCCAAGCAAGGCGAAAGUUCGCCAGAGUGCUCGUGCUGGUCAGUCUCAUUCUUCCUGAAUGGUGCGCGGCUCCUCGGCGCCGUCAAGCUCCCCAACGCAUGCAAGGGUCAAGUCCUCUACCCCUGUUUCAACGUCAGGGGAGCGGCGACUGUUCUGGUCAAUUUCGGGUCCAGGCCGCCCUUCUGCGCCCUGCCGUUUUGGUGCCCGAUGCUGCAAGACCACUGUCUCUCUUCUCCGCCGCACGUUUUUCCCUCCCCUUCUCAAGUCGCCUUUUCCCCGGCGGAGGAUCCUGCCGCCUCGCCUCUCUCCGCAGAAGCGACGCUCUGCGUGGGGCUUCCAGGCUGCGGACUCUUCGACUUCCUCGACUGCUGGAAGCGCGAGAGAGAGAAGAGCCGGGGGCGGCCCAUCACGGAGAUCUCCUCCCGCGCAGUCGCCCUCUGGAUCCGCCUCUCGCUCUUUGCCGUGGCGAGCCUCGGAAACGCGCGAGACACACAAACGCUCUUCGACGCAGAAAACACCGACUCCGAGCCUUUUCCUGCGUCGCCUGCAGACUGGACGGCUUCGGGCUUCGCAGCGGACGUCAUCCGAGCCGUGAGCGUAGAGUCCGGGACGUCUCCGACCGCGGUCGGAGGCGAGAGACACGUCGGGCGCGGAGACGCCCCCUGGAGCUGGCGAGGCGGUCCGGAGGGAGACAGCGUCGCGGAUCCCCUCGCCUUGCAGACGGGCGUUGCCGCUCUCGACGAUCUGUCGCGCGUGAAAUCGGCUCUUUUGCUGCUGGCGGCUUCGUCGCGCCGUGGAGAUCUGCUUGUUGCCGACGUGGUAGGAAGCCUGCAGCAGAGUCGGCGUCGAGAGUUCGCGGCGCUCUUUUCCGAGCCCGUGUUCUCUCGCCGGUGUCUCCUCGUCGUGGGACCGCCCCCGCUGGCCUUCGCUGCGAGGCUCCAGGCGAAGCUGCACAGAGAGCAGCCGCGACUGCGCAGUCUGAUUCGUCAGCUGCGAAGAAGACGCGCGGAGGCAGAAGAGGCAGGCGACGUCAGUCUUUGCGGCGGCCUCGACGAGGAUUUGGUGAUUUUGGAACAAGAGAUACGCGACGCGCGCGUGCAGCCGUGUUCGCCCACGUUCGCCCCCACGAAGGCGUGGACCAAUGGGGUUGUGGACGAUGUGCCUUUGUGGAGCCUCAGUUCUCAGCUCGAGGAAUUCUCACUGCCAUCUGCCGACGAAGGCUUUGAGACGGAAGUGGCGUGGCGAGAAAGCGUCGAAGAGGCCGAGAAGAAUUUCCAACUUUGGCGGGUGCACGUGGCUGCGAGGCGUCUCCAGGAUCAGCUGAAACCGCCUCUGUGGUUCAAGCCGCAGCUGGCGGUCUGGGCCGAGAAGCGCCUCGCCCUGCAGGAGUAUCAGCGCGCAGUCUCUGCACGCUACGCGCGCGCCCUCGUCCACCUGGACGGAGGCUCGACGGUGUUGUCGGCGGACUUCGACUUCGGAUUCGCCGAUCUGACGCAAGUGAUGAGAGACGGAGGCGACGCGAGCAACAGCUGCGUCACCAAACUGAUGCAGGCGCUGAAAUCCGUCGAAGAGCAUGCAGCAAGCUCGCUGGCGCUCUCGCCGGAGGCAGCCGCCGCCUCGCAUGUUUCUCCCCAGCCUCUUUCGCCCACUCGAGUGUCGGGUUCUUCGUAUGCGGAAAGGCUCGAGUUCGUGACGAAGAAGGCCGAGGAAGAGAUCGCGUCUUAUUCCACAAACGUGGACUUCCGAUUCCCCGCCCAUCUUUCGGAGGGGCCGUGGAUCCCAGUUCUUCCCCUCUUCCCAGCAGGGUCCGAUCCGGCGUCUUCCUAUCCCUCCUCCUCUUCUUUUCCGUCUUCCUUUUCUCCUUCCUUCUUUGCCGUUUCUUCGCCUGGUGUCCGGGGCAGUCAGGCGGACGCGGCGAAGAGCGGCGCGUCUGCGGCAGACUCCGGCGUUCCAGCGCAGAAGCUGCAGACAGCGUCUCCAGGCGAUCCUUCGUCUGUUUUUGAGGCUCGAACCGUUCCGCAAGCCGCUGCGUCGGCCUCAGACCUCGCACCGUCCUCGGCGGAAAUGGGAUCGGACGAGAGCGCGUCGCUCGCCGCCAGCGCCCUCGAAGACAUUGUCCGCGAGCACCAAGUGCGAAUGGAGCAAGUCAACAAGGCAGCUGCGCUCGCGCAUCCAGCCGGAGUUCCGUCUUCGGGCCCCGCGCUGCUGGCGGCACCUGCGGCAAACGCACCGCGCUCCGGAGACGACCUCGGCAAAAACUCGCCAGUUCCCCGGGAAGGCUGUUUUCCGCUUUUCAUUCACUUCGAGUCGGAAGACUGGAAGAUGCUCGAGGCACGCGUGGAAAUCCACAUGUUUCUCCACGCCUUUUCGCAGGUCGUAAAAGAGAAUGAAGGCCGCGUGCCGGUGGAAUGGUUCAGCGUGUACUACAACCUUUUCUUCGACCGUUCUCUCAAUGUCGAAGAUUUUCCCAGCUGCCUCAGCUUGGACGACUUCUUCGAGCAGCUGACCGACACCGUCGGCGUCGCCGACGAGCCUCCUUUCGUCUUUCCUCUCUUCCCUGCGCAUGCUCCUCUGGCAACUUUCAUUGCGUUGACCGAGAAGGCUCGCCGGCUUCGCCGGUUCAAGGUGGAGGAGAAGAAAGCACGGAAGCUUCGCUCCUGGAAGAUUGUCACGAAGUACCACCAUCUGAAGGGCGUUACGGGUUCAGGUGCGGCCGAGCCUCUGUCUCCACGUCUUUCCAGCCAGCAUGUUGACGGAAGAGGCAAACUCUCGCCCGACCACGGCGGGGCUGCGGAGCUUCGGAGGCGGGGCCGAGGGGGGACGUACGCCUCCGAAGCUGCGAGUUGGGAUGUUCCUCGCGGCGUGCAGCCCGCGGGAAAUUUCCCGUCCACGGGGAGUCGCGGAGGAGGCGGCGCCGCGUCUGCUGGCCGUAGCCGGUACCGCGGCGGAAGUCGCGAGGCGGCCAUGUAUUCCCCGUACGCGGGGGCGACUGGCCUCGCGGGGUACGAGCGGGGGAGCGGCCAGGGGAACUAUUACUAUGACCCAGCUUCCGUGCAACAGUACAUGCAGUACGUUCACGCGUACCAACAACAGUACAUGUACUAUCAGCAGAUGAUGCCCAACCAGUGA